UCUCCAGGAAAUCUGCAUUGGCAAGGGCUGACAAGGAACAGUGAGUGAACCUGACCCUGGCACCUAUCUACUCUGGAAGGUGCUGUGAAUAGGACAUUUUUGAGGCUGCAGAGAUGGGAGUUGAAUGCUGGAGAAACACCCUGCUGCUGCUGGCUGCCCUGGUCCUGGCAGCCAAAUUGGGUCACUUUCAAAGGUGGGGAGGCUUCCAGGAGAAGUCCGUGAGCAAGAAAAACAUGAAUUCAACACUCAAAUUCUUCAUUGAAAACUACAACAAUGUGAGCAAUGACAUGUACUUAUUUCGAAUAGACAAGCUACUUCAAAGUCAUAUGCAGCUGACAACAGGCGUGGAGUAUCUGGUCACCGUGAAGAUUAGCCGGACCAAGUGCAGGAAGAACAGCACAAAAAGUCACUCAUGCCCCAUUCAAAGCGGGAAGAAUUUGAAAAAGAGUUUCAUUUGCAAUUUUUUGAUGUACACCGUGCCCUGGAUGAACUAUUACCAACUUUGGAAUAACUCCUGUCUAGAGGCCUAAAUAGGUUUGUGCAAAGAUCCUUGAUGAAACCUUAGACGGGUGUGCUGUGCACUUUCUAUUAUAGACUUCUGGAAGUACGUCAUUGCCCUCAGCCAGACCUCACAACACACACAUUCACAUACAAACACACACAAACACACAAAUUCAUAUCCACUCACACUCACCCAGUGGUCUUUAGGGGCUGGUUCAAUUUAAGCAAGAAAGUUGUUAAGUCUCUGGGGGAAUCUCAUAAUUUUUUCUACUUCAACCCGUGUCUCUGAGGCUUUUCAUUAUUGAGGUACAUCCUGACCUCUGGCCUGAGCUUGGGGGAGGUCUGUUUCUUCCCCAUGUACAUACAACUCUGUGAUUGACACAUUUCUUUUGAGUGUGUCCAGGGUCUUCAAUACCAACCCCCCAGGAUCAGCAAUUCACUAGAAGGAUUCCCAGGACUUAGCAUAGAGUCCUACUAAUAGCUGUGAUUCAUUACAGUGAAAGGACUCAGAAUAAACUUUGCAAAAGAAGAACUAGAGUGGAGAGAUGAGCCUGGUGACGUUGUUCAAAAUCCUGAAUCACGCUGUUGGGUGGAUGAUGUUUAUUCUCCAUCUCUAAUGUGCCAUCCAUGAAAGAGGACACCCUUAACAUAGCAUUCUUGAUUUCCACAAUAAUUGCUUUCCUGGAGGAAUUAAUCUAAUUCAUCUAAUUUGGAGGAAAAUGUGGACAUUGUAGCCCAGGUCCUACUCCUUCCCACUGGGGGCACACAUUUUCCUUGGCAACUUUGGGAAAGUAAUCUCUUUGUGAAGAUACCUGCUCUGGUCCAGAGUUGCUAAUGCUGGGGAUGUAAGUCUAAUUCUAGGGUUUGGUAUUAGAAAGUUCACUUGCCUAUAAAAAUAAGGCACAUCUCCUAAGAGCAACAAAGUCCUCAUCAGCAACGAAGUCCGCUUAUCUUUUUUUAUUUACUUGUAUUAUUUCUUGGUGUUUUGUCAAUAUCUGUUGUCUGUUCAGUUAAGUAACUUAGAGCUUCUUUUCUACUCCCUCUGCUUCUUCCCAGUGUCUCUGUUUUGUUUUAAAAUCUAAAGAAUCCUAACUGAUGUGAGGAUGGGGUUGAAGUUCUGCUAU